AUGGAACUUCUAACCGCAGUACUACUUUUGGCUAUCGUCGGACUUUCCAGUCAGGCAAUUAAUUACUGCAACUCACAGCUGUGCCCGAAGGGCAUCUCCCACGUUGCUUGCAACGGUUUAUCAACGUUGGCACCCUCCUGCGGUGCAGGAUCGGAGGAAAUUAUAAUGGAUGAGGCGAAGAUAAAUUUAAUCGUAAGCUUACACAAUGAACUCCGCAACAAAGUCGCUACCGGAAAGCAAACCUAUGCUCGGGACAAGCUCUACCCGCAGGCUUCCCGGAUGGCUACCCUGCAAUGGUCUCCGGAAUUGGCUGCAAUUGCUGGUGCUAACACCAGACGAUGUGUGUAUGGCCAUGACCAAUGUCGCAACACCGAGCAAUUCAAGCAUGCCGGUCAAAACAUUGCCCAAAUAUCCCUGCAAGGAAAAUCGGUGCCGGAUGUGGUACUAAUUAAACAAUUGAUCAACAAUUGGUUCUCGGAAUAUUCGAAUGCUAAUCCUGAUAUUAUUGCACGGUAUACGAAUAAUAUUUCUGGUCCCGUUGGUCACUUCACACAGAUGGUUUCAGAUCGUACAACGCGAAUCGGUUGUGCUAUGGUUAGCUACAACCAGCAGCCUUGGGAAGCUAUACCGCUAGUAAUUGGCAUUUUCGCUGCAUGCAUCGUAAUGGUCAACGUGACGUACAUUAAAGCAGACGCUAAGCAGAUUCCAGGCCUGGAGUUUUUCAUCGGCAAGUCCCGCCUGGUUGUUCUGGAGAAGUUCCAGAAGAAGAAGAUCGACAAAUUUGUCAAGAAGUACAUGGUGUUGUAG